AUCGUAGCAGAAGACACUGUUGUGGACGAACCAAUGAAAAGUUGGAUUCGUCUCUCUUUCUCUCGUCGUUUAUCGGGGCCUGACGUGUGCGGUAACUCAAUCCCGAAUAUAAAGAAAGCUUUUAGUUUAUCGUUUAAUAUCGUUGAAUAAUGGCGGCCCAAUGGAUACGAAAAGCAAUCUCCCCAAAACUCGGUGGUGUGCGUCUUUACAGUAGUAAACUACAAAAAUGCACCCUCAUACCAGGAGACGGUAUUGGCCCCGAAAUUUCGGCCGCUGUACAGAAGAUCUUCGAAGCUGCCAAGGUACCAAUCGAAUGGGAAAGCGUUGAUGUUACCCCCGUCAAGGGGCCUGACGGAAGAUUUGGAAUUCCUCAGGCUGCUAUCGAUUCUGUGAACAGAAACCAAAUUGGCCUCAAAGGACCCCUAAUGACCCCCAUUGGUAAAGGUCAUAGAUCCUUGAAUCUGGCGCUGAGAAAAGAAUUCAAUCUGUACGCGAACGUGCGUCCUUGUCGAUCCUUGGAAGGAUACAAAACAUUGUACGACAACGUGGACGUUGUUACAAUUCGUGAAAAUACCGAAGGUGAAUACUCCGGUAUCGAGCACGAAAUUGUUGACGGCGUGGUACAAUCUAUCAAAUUGAUCACUGAGGAAGCUUCAAGCCGAGUUGCCGAAUUUGCCUUUCAAUAUGCCACCGACAAUAAUAGGAAAAAGGUCACUGCCGUUCACAAGGCCAACAUAAUGAGAAUGUCCGACGGACUUUUUCUCAGGUGUUGUCGCGAAGCUGCUCAGAAAUUCCCGUCAAUCAAAUUCGAGGAAAGGUAUCUCGACACAGUUUGUUUGAACAUGGUUCAAGAUCCUAGCCAAUACGACGUUCUCGUUAUGCCGAAUCUCUACGGUGACAUUCUUUCGGACAUGUGCGCCGGUUUGGUUGGUGGUUUGGGUUUAACACCCAGUGGAAACAUUGGAUUAAACGGUGCUCUCUUCGAAUCUGUUCACGGAACAGCGCCCGACAUCGCUGGAUUGGACAAAGCGAAUCCCACGGCUCUGUUGCUUUCAGCAGUGAUGAUGCUGAAAUACAUGGGGCUGAAUGAGCACGCAAGAAUAAUUGAAACCUCGGCCUACGAGACGAUCAAAGAGGCGAAAUAUUUGACAGGCGAUCUCGGGGGUAACGCUAAAUGCAGCGAAUAUACCAACGAAAUAUGCAAGAGAGUAUCCGCUCAAACGAAGUAACGGACCCGUCGAGUUUAUUGAAAUACUUGGUCGGAAGCAAAAGCGCCAAAUACUCGUAGAAUUUUGACUCGCGAUGGCAAAUAGGAUUGGUAAACAUAACCAUCAAUAUUUUCUUAGUACCGUCAUCAGAAUUGUUAAUAUGAAAACACUUGAUUGACGGGAAAUCAACACGAGCUGGCAACGUUGAUUGAGUUAAUACAAUUCAUCGCUGUAUUCAUAAUUUCUCUCUGUUUUAUUUCUUUUUUCUUUCUUCAAAAGCAAUCGAGUACACUUUGCUAUUUUAUCAUCAUGAUUAAAUCUCUUUUUGAUUCUCUCUAGUCUUACGACUCAUCGAUGAUCUGCAAUCUUAAUUUCGACAGCAUUUAAUGAAGUAUUCGUUUAUUAAUGCGGUAGAAAAGCAGCCUCGUGAGCAUGUUCCGCUUUCGAAAGAUCAUUGACCCUCGAGGGUCGAGCGAAUUUCCGAAAGCACAUCCCCCCCCCCUUGUAGUGUUCGUCGUCAAUGACGACUCGAGUUAUUAUUAAUGUUAAUAUUAUUAUUGUUAUUAUUAUUACCACUAGUACAAUCUGCAAUCGUGUACGAAUGAAAUGUGAAAAGAAAGAAAGAGAGACGACUAAAGAAUCCACUCACACAGAUUAAAUCAUAGAAUAACUUGUAAGAUAAUUCAACGAAAUGAACAAUUGAAUUCGUUACGCGAGACGAGUCUCCUCAAUGAGGACAAAUUUAGAAACGUGCUGUGCAGUAUUACAGAUCAAUAAAAAUGCAACAAAUCUAAUAA